AUGUCUCAGCAGCCUGAACACGUCAUCCGGUUGACUCUUCAGUUGAAGAAGCGGGAAGAAAUGACUGAUGCGCAAUUUCUCCAUCACUGUACUAACGUGCAUGGUCUUUUAGUUAGUCCCUGGCUACGUCGCCAUAUGGUCAUAAAAGGGGCCCAGGAUGGCCAUGUGCAGCUAUAUGUGCCCUCCCUGGACUGCAUCGCAAACGCCCUCGAUGACCCAUUUUACAAGGAUGUUGUGAUUGCCGACGAGGACAAUUCCAUUUGGGCGAAGUAUUGGAUGUGGACUGUAGAAUAUGGAGAGCGUGUUAUGGUGAACUGUGAGGUGGUGGAGAACCCUCCUCUCACCGGACGCGUGAACCUCUGA